UGCAAAAUUGCAGCAUUGGAAAAACUUUCGACGUACUAUCAUGGCGUUUCCAUUAAGUCAGCGUCCACGAAUGUGUUUGCAUUUGAAUAACACGCUGGCCGACACGAGCUUUUUCCACGAAUGUGUGCCACGAGAUAAAUGGACGAUCGGGACGUGGACCACCGAGCAGAUCGGGUUGUAAUUCCGCGGAUUCGAUUCUACCAGUCGAGAAGAGGAAUCGUAAGAGGAGAGAAAAUUACGGGACAUCUUUCUUUCCGGAUUCGCGACUGGGACAAGGAGCAUUUAAGAGAGUUGGUGGAAUUCUUCGAUCGGAUCAUGUUUCGAAACUUCGAUGACUACGAUAGAAGAAACUUAACUCUCGAAUAUGAUGCUUCCAAGGUAUCUCUAGAUCUUGAAUUAGAACUUUUAAUUUUUGAUCAAUCUCACAUUUUAUUUGAUGCAAGUGUCACUUGUGAUUGA